UCCAACCAACACGAAAGCUUCUCAAUUCUUCUCUCAUUUUCUCUUCUUCUUCUUUCUCAGAUCAUCAGUUCUUUUUGGUUGGUUUUAUUACUUUGAUUCAUUCAUUCGUUCACUUGCUCUUUGGGGGGUUCCCUCUUUGGUAAUGCACUUUAAAUAAGUCACGUAUCAGUUACUACAGACCACAUUGAAGUCUCCUGUUCCGUAAACGCAGUAACCUUUCUUUAGACAAAUCACAAAAUGUUGCUGAUGGUAGAAUCCGGCUUUUGGCAAAGAUGUGCUGCCUUCUUGGUUCUUGCUGCUGCUGCUGCUGUUGUUCAGGCUGAGGAUCCUUACAGGUUCUUCAACUGGAAUGUUACUUACGGUGAUAUUUACCCACUUGGGGUUCGCCAGCAGGGAAUUCUCAUUAAUGGGCAAUUUCCAGGGCCUGAACUCUAUUCUGUCACCAAUGACAAUCUUAUCAUCAAUGUCUACAACAACUUGGAUGAACCUUUUCUUCUAUCAUGGAAUGGGGUGCAGCAAAGGAGAAACUCGUAUGAGGAUGGAGUAUAUGGGACUACAUGCCCAAUCCCUCCAGGCAAGAACUUCACUUACAUUUUACAGGUGAAAGAUCAAAUCGGGAGCUUUUUCUACUUUCCAUCCCUUGCUUUUCAUAAGGCUGCUGGCGGCUUUGGAGGCAUCAAGAUCCUCAGUAGGCCCAGGAUUCCUGUCCCUUUCCCGGACCCUGCUGGUGAUUUCACAGUUCUUAUUGGAGAUUGGUUCAAGACUGAUCACAGGAAACUGAAAGCUAGGUUAGAUGGUGGUCAUAAGCUUCCUUUCCCUGACGGCAUUCUGAUAAAUGGCCAUGGACCUAAUGGCGCAAUUUUCACGGUUGAACAAGGCAAAACUUACAGGUUUAGGAUAUCAAAUGCUGGGCUUCAGAACACACUCAAUUUCCGCAUUCAAGGUCACUUAAUGAAGCUGGCCGAGGUAGAGGGAACCCACACCGUGCAGACCAUCUACGAAUCGCUUGAUGUCCACGUGGGUCAGUCCUACUCUGUGCUUGUUACAAUGGACCAAACUGCCAAGGAUUUCUACAUUGUGGCCUCAACCCGUUUCACUGACAAGAUCCUUACCAGCACUGCAACUCUUCACUACAGUAACUCCAACAAGGCAGUGUCAGGUCCUAUUCCUGGUGGACCUACUGACCAAAUAGAUUGGUCUCUUAACCAGGCUCGAUCCAUAAGGACUAACCUGACAGCAAGUGGACCAAGGCCAAAUCCACAGGGAUCAUACCACUACGGUCUCAUUAACAUAACCAGAACGAUCAAGCUAGUGAGCUCAGCUGCCCAAGUUAAUGGGAAGCAAAGAUACGCAGUUAACAGCGUGUCUUUUGUCCCAGCUGAUACACCCCUCAAACUAGCUGACUACUUCAAGAUUGAUGGUGUUUUUCGAGUUGGAAGCAUCUCAGACAGUCCAACCGGUAAAAACAUGUACCUUGACACAUCGGUCAUGGGUGCUGAUUUUAGAGGCUUCGUGGAAAUUGUGUUUGAGAACCAUGAGAGCAUAGUCCAGAGCUGGCAUAUUAAUGGAUACGCCUUCUGGGUUGUCGGCAUGGAUGGAGGAUUGUGGACUCCAGAUAGUCGUAAACAGUACAACUUAAGGGAUGCAGUUUCACGCAGUACCACACAGGUAUAUCCUGGAUCAUGGACUGCUAUCUACAUUGCUCUUGAUAAUGUUGGAAUGUGGAACGUGAGAACUGAAUUUUGGGCACGGCAAUAUCUCGGACAACAAUUUUACUUGCGAGUAUACUCACCUGUGGAGUCAGUCAGGGAUGAAUACCCCAUUCCAAAAAAUGCCCUGCUCUGUGGCAGAGCCGCAGGAAAAAGCACGAGACCUCUCUGAAACAAAUUUGCAGCCAAAGUUUGUUCUGAAUUAACCAUUACAAGUACAAAAAAUGACCCAAAGCUUUUAAGGUCUCAAUUCUUUUUCAACAGAAUUUGUAUUUGGUUUGUAACUACAGAAUCGUCAAUAAAUGUACUAAAUUAAGCAUUCUUUUUGCUGAGUAAAGAUUGUAAGGCUCAAUUCCUGUAAUAAACAAGCUGUGUAAAGCUUACUCUA